CCACUCCUGACCCCCCGAUGGGAGGGACACCUCGGCCCGGUCCCUCCCCGGGUCCGGGGCCAUCUCCAGGAGGCAUGAUGGGCCCCAGCCCUGGUCCCUCGCCAGGCUCGACCCACAGCAUGAUGGGGCCCAGUCCAGGACCUCCAGGUUCUGGACACCCUCAUCCUCCACAGGGACCCUCAGUAUAUCCUCAGGACAACAUGCAUCAGAUGCACAAACCCAUGGACCCCAUGCAUGAGAAGGGAAUGCCUGAUGACCCUCGCUAUGGACAAAUGAAAGGAAUGGGCAUGAGGCCAGGGGGACACAGUGGGAUGGGACCCCCUCCAAGUCCAAUGGAUCAACAUUCUCAAGGUUACCCGUCUCCAUUGGGGGGUUCAGAACAUGCCCCCAGUCCUGUCCCAGCCAACGGUCCUCCCUCUGGCCCUGGGGCAGCCCCUAUGGAGGUUAGUGGGGACCCAAAUCAGGGUAUGGGCCAACCGAACCGUGGCGGUCCUCAGGGUCCAGGUGGACCACCAGUUCAAGGAGGUGGUCCAGGUGGAGCUGGUGGACCCACACCUUUUAACCAGAACCAGCUGCACCAACUCAGGGCCCAGAUUAUGGCCUAUAAGAUGCUGGCACGCAAUCAGGCCCUUCCAGAGCACCUGCAGAUGGCUUUGCAGGGGAAGAGGCCCAUGCCCAAUAUGCCACCUUCUACAGGACCUGGAGGCAGCCCAGCCGCUGGACCAGGACCAGCUCAGACCAAUUACAACAGACCACAUGGUAUGGUAGGUCCCAAUAUGGCUCCUCCUGGACCUGCAGGAGGUCCUCCUGGUAUGCAAGGCCAGCAUGCCAAUGGGCCCCCCAAACCAUGGCCAGAAGGACCAAUGGUGAAUGCUGCUGCCCCGUCCAACCCUCCUCAGAAGUUGAUUCCUCCUCAGCCCACCGGCAGACCCUCCCCUGCUCCCCCAUCUGUGCCUCCAGCUGCCUCUCCAGUAAUGCCCCCUCAGACGCAGUCGCCGGGGCAGCCGGCACAGCUCCCUCCCAUAAUGCUCCACCAGAAGCAAAACCGUAUAACUCCGAUCCAAAAACCCCGUGGGCUGGACCCUGUGGAGAUCUUGCAGGAGCGAGAGUACAGGCUACAAGCUCGUAUUGUUCACCGCGUGCAGGAGUUGGAAAACCUGCCAGGCUCGCUAGCUGUCGAUCUGCGCACGAAGGCCUCCAUCGAGCUCAAAGCUCUGAGGCUGCUUAACUUCCAGAGACAGCUGCGUCAGGAGGUGGUGGCUUGCAUGCGUCGUGACACUGCGUUGGAAACUGCCCUGAAUGCAAAAGCCUACAAACGCAGCAAACGUCAGUCCCUGCGUGAGGCUCGCAUUACUGAGAAACUUGAAAAACAACAAAAGAUCGAACAAGAGCGCAAACGUCGGCAGAAACACCAGGAAUACCUCAACAGCAUCCUGCAGCACGCCAAGGACUUCAAGGAGUACCACCGCUCCAUCACAGCAAAGCUCCAGAAGGCUACCAAAGCUGUCGCCACCUAUCAUGCAAACACGGAGCGCGAGCAGAAGAAGGAGAAUGAGCGGAUUGAAAAGGAGAGAAUGCGGAGGUUGAUGGCUGAAGAUGAAGAAGGUUAUCGUAAACUUAUCGACCAGAAGAAAGACAAGCGUCUGGCCUACCUGCUGCAGCAGACAGAUGAAUAUGUGGCCAACCUCACAGAGUUGGUGCGCGCCCACAAAGCUGCUCAAGCUCUCAAGGAGAAGAAAAAGAAGAAGAAAAAGAA